AUGAAGGAAAGUUCUGUGGAAGCGCCGCCCCGGUCCCGCGGCGGCGAGCCCUCGGAGCCGGUGAACGACGGGACUCUCCUCUCGGCGGCAGCCAUGCGCCGCGUGAAGGAGAUCGAGGAACGCUCCUUCAACGUGAAGCAGCAGCAGCAGGUUCGCAAGCGUCAGCAGGCAGCCGACGGUGCAGCCGAGUCGGCGGCCAGCGCUGCUCGCCGCGAAGGAGACGCGUGCGCGCCGCCGUCUCUGCGCGGAGACAAGCGCCGAGCGCUGCCUCACGAAGACACGCCGCAGGACGACGAGGACGGUCAAAGCGUUCUCGUCGCGGAAUCCGAGCGCGGUGAGGGCGCCAAGGACCGAUCGCGGUUGUCUUCCGCUGUUGCAGGCACGGGCGAAGACACAACCUGCAGCAGCUCGCCGCGACGCGCGCCUGUCUCCUCAUACGGAGACAGCGAGCCCGAAGCGGGCGCCGGCUGUGGGGCGUCGCGACGUCCUGCCCUCGAAGAGAACGCCUGCAGCGGCGAGCAGGCCUCCGAGACCCCUCCGCCCCCCACAAGGCAGCCGCGCCGCGGCACGAAACUCCUUGAGGCAGACAUGGAUCAGGCACACGGAAAAAAAUACGCAAAGGACUUCCCCCACGCGGGGCAAGUGCAGCUGCAUCGCCGACGGAAAAACGACUUGCACGCAUGGGUGGAGCAGCUGCUGCGGUGUCAGCCGCUGCGACGCGAGGAGGUUGUCCUGCUCUGCGAGCUGUUGAAAGACACUCUGAAAUCCGAGCCCAACUGCAUCAGCGUUCCGACGCCCGUGACGGUUGCCGGGGACAUUCAUGGCCAGUUCUACGAUUUGCUCGAGCUCUUCAGAGUCGGCGGAAAGCCCCCCAACACGUCGUAUCUCUUCCUGGGUGACUACGUCGACCGUGGCUUCUACUCCAUUGAAGUCUUUUGCCUCAUGGCGGCGUUCAAGGUCCUGUACCCCAGAAAGAUGUUUCUGCUUCGAGGCAACCACGAGAGCCGCGGCAUCACGCAAGUCUACGGCUUCUACGACGAGUGUGCGCGCAAGUACGGCGACGGAUUCAACUCAGUGUGGACGGCGUUGACCGACGCGUUUGACUACUUGCCGUUGACCGCUGCCAUUGGCUCCGAGUGCUUCUGCGACCACGGCGGCCUCAGCAAGCACCUCAUGACCGUGGACGCGAUUCAAGCGAUCGACCGGUUCCAGGAGCCACCGCAAGAGGGAGGCAUGUGCGACUUGCUUUGGUCCGACCCCUACGACAGCUCGAUGUUCGGCUCCGACGGGCCCCAGCAGGCGGAGACGACCGGCGGCGAGGUGGCAGUCACUGCGGGAGACCCGCUUGGCGGCGCGCUGGACGCCGAGGGCUGGGCGCCGAGCAGCCGCGGGGCCGGCAUGCUCUGGGGACCGAACGUGACCGAACAGUUUCUGCACUUGAACGGCGUCGGAUGCAUCUGCAGAGCCCACCAGCUCGCGCAGGAAGGAUACCAAUGGUGUCACAACGACAAGGUCUGCACAGUCUUCAGUGCGCCGAACUACUGCUACCGCUGCGGCAAUCAGGCCUCUCUCAUGAUUGUCAACGACGACCUGGAGCGAAACUUCGUCAAGUUUGGACAGGCGCCCGAGCGUGGAGAGCCGCAGCAAGUGCGCUCGCUCCCGGACUACUUCCUGUAG